AUGGUAGAAGUUCACGUAUUCUCAUGGAAUAGAAUAUUCUUCAACGGCUUUUUCUUGGUCCUUGAUUCUCAUACACUGAGGCAAGCGUGCAAAACCUUGGCUAAAUGGCCAAUGGGAUCCCUUCGUCAAGCAGCGAGGGCUGAGGAAAGGAUACUAAGCUGCAUCGACUAUGCAUGA